AUGGCUUCUUCUCUCGCGACUUCCAUAGCCGGAAGCUCCAAAAUUCUUGUUUCUUCCUCUUCAACGAAAAUUGGGUUUCAUGUAGUAUCCGAUCGAAGCUCUAAAUCUGUAGUUUUUGCUAAUAACAGACAGAGAUCGAUCCCUGGAGCGGCGGUUUUGCGCCGAUUGGUGAUAAAUGCUACGAACCAAGGAGAAACGGUUUCACCUUUCGCAUCCGUCGAAUCUCCGGGUCUAUACUCAGCUCAGACUUUCGAAUUGACGCCUCAAAACGUCGAUUUGGUCCUCGAAGAUGUUAGGCCGUUCCUGAUCGCCGACGGUGGGGACGUCGACGUUGUCUCCGUUGAAGACGGCGUCGUUUCUCUCAAACUUCAAGGAGCAUGUACCAGCUGUCCGAGUUCGUCAACAACAAUGACGAUGGGAAUAGAGAGAGUACUCAAAGAGAAGUUUGGAGAUGCUUUGAAAGAUAUUCGACAAGUUUUUGACGAAGAAGUUAAGCAGAUUACCGUGGAGGCAGUGAAUGCUCAUCUUGAUAUACUGAGACCAGCGAUCAAGAACUAUGGAGGAAGUGUGGAAGUCUUAUCAGUGGAAGGCGAGGACUGCGUUGUGAAUUACGUUGGACCAGAAUCGAUUGGAAUGGGAAUACGAGCGGCGAUUAAAGAAAAGUUCAAGGACAUAACUAAUGUAACCUUUACAAGCUAG